AUGACCCAGUCCCUCCUCACCUUCACCGCUGCCCUAUUGACGGGAUUGCUGUCGCAUUCCCAGCCUGCCGCUGCGGUGGGGAUCAGCUGUGAUCCAGACACUCGUCCAUACUCGGCCUGGAUGACAGACAGCGUCAUUGUCCGCCGGGAUGCCAUUCUGGGUGACUUCACACCAGGAGAUGAUAUCUACCCAAAUAUCUCCCAGGUCACACUAUUCGAGUCGACCGUUACCCGUUUGAAGGAGUACUACGAUGCCGAUUCUUGCGGCCAGGUGGAUUGGCACAGUUAUGCCCUAGAUGGCGCCGAAAGCCUCCUCCCCGCCGUGCAGGAUGUCUCGUUUAUUGUGAAUGCUCCGCUGACUAUAUUUGCGUCAGGGGAUGUUAUGUAUCAUCAAUACGACCGCGCCCCAAACGAUACCUACAAACAAGCCCUCGACAACCUCCACGAUGCCCUUAAUGCAAGAGCCCGCGACUCAGAAGGCGCCUUCUGGUACUGGAACCCUUACCCCAACUGGGGCGUCCUGGAAGGCCUCUUCCCACUCAGCUCCUUCAUCUCGAUGUGGAAAACCUACUUCGACCCCACCAACACGACCCUAACCGAUUCCCUAACUCUCAGUCUCGACCUAUUCAAAGACCACUGCCACGACGACUCCAGCGGCCUCCUCUUCCACGGCUACGACUCCAGCAAGACCGCCUCCUGGGCCGACCCCACCACCGGCGCGAGUCCCUACGUCUGGAACCGCGCCCUGGGCAAUUGGUUCAUGACGCUAGUCGACCUGCUCGAACGGUCUGGGAAAAACAGCGCCAUACUCAACGAGACGCAGCGCGACGACGUCUACACCAAAUACUGGAACGUCGCUAACACGAUCAUCAACGAUGCCGAUGAAGAGACCGGAUGCUGGUGGCAGGUUAUGUUGCACGGUGGGGAAGAGGGCAAUUACAUUGAAUCAAGUGGAUCAGCUCAGUUCGUGUACGGAUUGCUCAAAGGUGCUAGGUUGGGGUAUUUACAGGGCGAGACGCCUAAUGGGGUGGCGUAUACGGAUGCGGCUGAUAAGUGCUAUAAUUAUUUGCUCAGCGAGUUCGUGAAAGAGGAGGCGGAUGGUACGUUGGGGUAUAAUGGCACUGUGGCGGAUUGUGGGUUGUAUGAUCCUACUUUUGAGUACUACACCACCCGACCCGUCGAAUACAACAAUCUCUUCGGCACUUCGUCUUUCAUCCUGGCGAGUUGGGAACAUGAGAUGUUUGAGACGGGGUAUUAUACUUAG